ACAUUCUUUGUUUAUUGUGAGAAGUGACAAAUCUUGCUCACCUAGGUAAUCCAAGUUCAAAUAAAUAAGGAAUUGUAUUUAUGCCUUUAUAUGGGAAGAAUCCAAACGUUAUGGUGAUUAUAAUAGUAUUGUGUUAGGACACACCAUCACCAAACCCAACACCACUCUAACGUUAUUCUCUUUUCUCAGUCGUGCCGUACUUGAAGCUCUUGAAAACACACACACACACACACACUGCCUAAUCUCGCCUCCCCACCACAAAUUUUCUACCUGUUGUUUCCGCAGAAUGGCCACUGAAAAUCCCCAGAUUCUGGAAGCCCACCCGCUUGAUUCGGGCCGGGCCGAGAUCGACACUUCGGCGCCGUUCGAGUCGGUCAAGGAGGCCGCCAACCGCUUCGGCGGCAUGGGUUUCUGGAAACCCGUUUCCCACAAGUCUUCUCAACUUUGCGAGCAUGAGAGAGAAGUGGCUGUUGAUGUUGUCAAUUUGGAGGAACAAACUGCACAACUCGAAAGAGAUCUCAUAGUGAAGGAGAGAGAGACGCUAGAUGUCUUGAAGGAGCUCGAAACGACCAAGAACAUCGUUGAGGAAUUGAAGUUGAAGCUGCAGAAUGAAGCAUCCGAGAUCAGUGCAGCACUCAAAUCAGAAUCAACGAGCGAUGCCAAGAAUCGAGCUGCUGCUGAGGUAGCCGAAGAUGGUGGAAGAGAUGGGAAAGGCGAAAAAGUUGAGAGAGUUGGUGGUGUGGACUUGUGCCCCUCAGAAGCUCCUGGUUUCAUCCUCUUGGAGCUGAAGCAGGCGAAGCUCAACCUAACGAAGACGACUACUGAUCUUGCUGACAUCCGAGCCACAGUUGAUGCAUACAACAAGAGAAUCGAGAGGGAGAGGGCGUCCCUUGAGAGGACUCGCCAGAGGCUGUCUUCAAACACCUCGAGGAUUUCGUGUCUGGAAUCUGAGCUCAACCAGAAGAGACAGAAGUUGGAGGAGGUCAAAGAUGGUGAAGUCCGCGACCCCAUAAACAUCACGCGGGAACUGCAGAAGCUGAGCUCUGAGACGGAGCAAUUCAAGAAGGUCGGGGAGGCUGCAAGGGCGCAAGUUCAGAGGGCGUUGUCCGAAAUCGAGCAGACCAAGGCCCGGAUCAGGACGGCCGAGAUCAGGCUGAUCGCGGCCAAGAAGAUGAAGGCAGCUGCACGGGCGUCCGAAGCUGUAGCCUUCGCAGAGAUGAAGGCGCUCUCUUGCACCGACACCUCCAAACCCUCUGAAGACGUGACCCUCACGUUCGAGGAAUACUCCUCCUUGAUCUCCAAAGCUCGGGAGGCUGAGGAGGCCUGCAAGGGCAGAGCUGCGGGCGCAAUGCUCCUAGUCGAGGAAGCAAACGUGUCCAAGACGGAGAUAUUGAAGAAGGUCGAGGAGGCAACGGAGGAGGUGAAGAUCAGCAAGAAGGCCUUGGAGGAGGCGCUGAGCAGAGUCGAGACGGCCAAUCAAGGGAAGCUCGCAGUUGAGGAGGCGCUCCGCGUGUGGAGAUCCGAGCACGGCCACAAACGGCGUUCUCUCCAUAACUCCACCAAGUUCAAGAAUCCAUCAUCUUUGCAGAGGAAGGACUCCCGCCUCCUCGAUGUCAAUGGCAUGAGCCUCGUCAGCGACGAGCUCAAGCCGGUGCUGAGGCCGACUCUGUCGAUAGGGCAGAUACUGAGCAGGAAGCUGCUGCUGACGGAGGACUACGAGAACGGGGUGCAAGCCGACAACAAGAUCGUCGGGAAACGCAAGGUCUCGCUCGGGCAAAUGCUCGGGAAACCUAGCAGCGAUUCACAUUCUGCAAGAAAAUGUGGGAAGGAAAACAAGCAAGUCCCUGCCAAGAGGAAGAAAUUUGGCUUUGCUCGGAUCUCGCUGCUCGUCGCCAAGAAGAAGAAGAGCAAUGUGGCUGCGGAUCCAUUGCGGCGCGGCAGCGCGUGACCGGAACGCUCCGAGUAACUAACGUAGUAUGAAAUUGUUUAUUGAUAUGUGAAGUUGUUAGAUUUGUUGGGAAAGAAGGAAAGUAGUGUUUAUGGUGUUUUUAGCUAAUGUGUGAUUGAAUCUUUGAUUGUAUGUAUGUUUGCCCUUCGUUUUAUAUAUGCAUGUUUAUUCCUGCAUUAUCUAA